UAUGAAUUUCUACUCUAUAGAUUUUGAAGAAUAGUAUUAAUAAGGUACUCAUUUUUAUAAUUUCUAGAAUUAGUUGAAGAACCAUAAGUAGAAUCAUCAGAAUAAUAAAUGUACUUCGAUUAUGAUCAAAGUAUGUUACAUGAACCAGAGUAACUAAUUACUUUUGAUGGAUACUUAUAAGAGGAACCUGUCCUUUUAUUUAAUUUUGCUGAAGAAGCUCCAAAAAAAAAAUCUAAACUCAUUAACAGAAAAUCAAAAAAAGUAAAAAAGGCUGAUUCUGAAACUGAUGUUUCAUAAGGCAAAAGAUCAAAACCUCGUAUAUCAAAUAGUGAUUUUUUGAAACUUUAACAAUGUUAAAGACUAAAAACAAUCAUUACUUAGAUGGAGUCUCUUCUAAAACAAACAAGAACCUAAAUUCUGAACCAAUAUAUCAAAAACCACUCUAAAUGAGUU